GCCUCACACCACGGGUCAGAAAAUGUUCGCGGGUCCAUUAGUUUAGACCUUCCCAAUAGAUGGCGCGACAAUUCACUUAUCUUUAGAUUAGUUCAUGUACUAGAAAGGUACGAGUAAAUUUCACAGAUAACAUAAUAUUAUGUUGAUAGCAGAACACCAUAUUAAAACAUAACCUUUUAAGCGGACACAAGUAUUACAUAUAAAGAAUGAUGGAAGAAUCGUUUACAAAGAAAAUGAGAAGAGCAACUAGGGAAAUACAUGCGAUUAGUGACACGUUAGUGAAUGCCAAACUUGCUUUCGCCCUUUCAAACAACUGCGUGUGGGCAGAAGGUUUGCUUGUAUUUUAUGAAAUAUUCCGCUACCUUGAAGAAGCCAUGAUACGAUUAAAACACACUUAUGUUGGAGAACUUUACAUUGAAGGUAUGCAGAGGACAGAAGCAUUUGAGAAAGAUUUAAAUUUCUACUUGGGCACUGACUGGAUGAAAACCUACAAACCCAGGGACAGUGUAAUUAAAUACCUCCUCCAUCUGAGGAAACUUGAGAGUUCUGAUCCAAACCAACUCAUGGCAUACAUAUAUCAUUUAUAUAUGGGUCUUCUGUCAGGAGGCCAGAUUCUCAGAAAAAAACGUGCUGUGGUUAGGAAAUUCAUACCAUUUUCUACUGAGCAGACAUAUCAAGAUGCAGUGACAGAUUUUGGAACUACCAAUAUAUCAAAAAUGAAAAAGGAUCUUGUAGAAGCAAUGAAUGGAAUUGCAGGGGUAUUGGAUGAAGGGACCAAAGAGAAGUUAAUUGAAGAAAGCAAAACUAGGGCUAAAAUGAUGGAAGAAUCGUUUACAAAGAAAAUGAGAAGAGCAACUAGGGAAAUACAUGCGAUUAGUGACACGUUAGUGAAUGCCAAACUUGCUUUCGCCCUUUCAAACAACUGCGUGUGGGCAGAAGGUUUGCUUGUAUUUUAUGAAAUAUUCCGCUACCUUGAAGAAGCCAUGAUACGAUUAAAACACACUUAUGUUGGAGAACUUUACAUUGAAGGUAUGCAGAGGACAGAAGCAUUUGAGAAAGAUUUAAAUUUCUACUUGGGCACUGACUGGAUGAAAACCUACAAACCCAGGGACAGUGUAAUUAAAUACCUCCUCCAUCUGAGGAAACUUGAGAGUUCUGAUCCAAACCAACUCAUGGCAUACAUAUAUCAUUUAUAUAUGGGUCUUCUGUCAGGAGGCCAGAUUCUCAGAAAAAAACGUGCUGUGGUUAGGAAAUUCAUACCAUUUUCUACUGAGCAGACAUAUCAAGAUGCAGUGACAGAUUUUGGAACUACCAAUAUAUCAAAAAUGAAAAAGGAUCUUGUAGAAGCAAUGAAUGGAAUUGCAGGGGUAUUGGAUGAAGGGACCAAAGAGAAGUUAAUUGAAGAAAGCAAAACUGUAUUUAUGAUGAAUAAUGAGAUUAUUAGAAGUGUUCAAGGUACAAAUGAAGUUAUCCUGAAAAAGUUAAUAACAAUAAUUAUAAUUUUUUCACUCAUUCUAAUCAUAUAUUACAUUAUAUUUUGAAGUAUGAAAUUAAUGUAAAAUAAAUGCAGGUAGUUUUGUAAUUAAUUAUAAUAAAUUACAUUAGCACAUGUACAGUAACAAGGUUAAUUAAAGAGCAUUUAUGUUAA